CGCAACAUGGAGUACAGAGCAUAGUCGGAUACUAUUGACAACUUGCCGCUCAUCAUCAGUUUGCCAAUAUUUAAUGAACACGAGCUCUUUUGAACUAGUAUUUCUUGAUAUUUAUUACUAAACGACUCCUUAACAGGAAUAUUUAUAUGCCGUUUCGACGUUUCAACCCGUUAACUACUGCAUCGCUGCCACGCUGAGAACAGUUAACGCAGAAAGUUGCGCCUACCAACGAGGUCACCAGCCAAAAAAAGGGAUAUUCCAUCUGUGUUGACUCAUAGGACAGGAUAAAAAAGUUCCUUUGCGUGCCUGUAUGUGCCAGUUUGCACUACUUCAGCCCCCCCUCAUUGAAACCCAUGCAGCUUAAACCCAUUAUUGUGUAAAAGACCAUCCUUCUUCUUUCGCUCCGUGACAAGAAUGCACAAUGCAGCGAGUGUAUCCGCCUCUCUGGGCUCCUUGGGGCUGCUGCGUCUUGUUGGGGUGUCCUGGCCCUGGAGUCUAGCAGCAGGCCUUGGGGUGUAUCUGGGAGCAAGAAGCUGGAAAUAUUUCUACAUUGCUGCAAAGACUGCCAAGAGAGACAUCAAUGGCCUGUAUGUUCUGUGCAGAGUCAAACUGGCUUUGUGGCGCUACGUGCACAAUGGAAGCAAUAUUCCUUCCAUUUUCACCCAGGUUGUAAAACAACACCCAAACAAACCUGCAUUGAUCUAUGAGGCCACAGGAGAGGUGUGGACCUUCACCCAACUAGAUGAGAUCUCUAACGCUGUUGCCCACUGGGCUAGAGGUCAGGGAUGGGUCUCCGGGGAUGUCGUUGCCCUCUUUUUGGAAAGCAGGCCUCUCCAGGUGGCUCUUUGGCUGGGCUUGGCCAAAGUCGGGGUGGAAGCUGCGCUCAUUAACUUCAGCCUCCGCUGUGAUCCCCUACUGCACUGCAUUGGGGUGUCAGGGUCCCGGGCCAUUGUGUUUGGAGCUGAGCUUGCUGAUGCUAUGUUGGAGGUCAACUCUGCCAUCAGCCAGUCCAUGGUACGAUUUUGUACAGGAGAGCUUAGUGCAGAGCAGCUGGCUUGCUUGGAUGCUCAGCCUCUAGACCCAGUUUUAGCUACAUCACCUAGACAUAGCCCCUCACCCUGUGUUCCCCCUAAAGGCAUGAAUGAUCGGCUGUUUUAUAUCUACACCUCUGGGACCACAGGGCUGCCUAAGGCUGCUAUUGUUGUACACAGUCGCUACUACAGAAUCGCAGCUUUUGGAUAUUAUGCCUUUCGCAUGCGUACUGAAGACAUUAUCUAUGACUGUCUGCCCCUCUAUCACUCUGCAGGCAAUAUUCUUGGAGUAGGACAGUGUUUGAUCCAUGGUCUCACCGUGGUCGUGAAGAGGAAGUUCUCUGCCAGCCGCUUCUGGGAUGAUUGCAUCAAAUACAACUGUUCUGUGGUGCAGUACAUUGGAGAAAUCUGCCGUUACCUCUUAUCUCAGCCGGUCCGCCCCUCUGAGAAAGGUCACAAAGUUCGUCUGGCAAUAGGGAAUGGAUUGCGUCCCAGUGUUUGGGAAGCCUUCAUGGAGCGUUUUGGAGUGACGCAAAUCGGCGAGUUCUAUGGAGCAACUGAGUGCAACUGCAGCAUUGCUAACAUGGACGGCAAGGUGGGAGCCUGUGGAUUCAACAGUCGCAUUCUUCCCUAUGUGUACCCCAUCCGUCUGGUGAGGGUGAAUGAGGAGACCAUGGAACUGCUUCGAGACAGCCGAGGCCUGUGUGUGCCCUGCCGCCCUGGGGAGCCAGGGCUCCUGGUUGGUCGGAUUGACCAGAAGGACCCUUUGCGGCGUUUUGAUGGUUAUGCUAACCAGGAUGCUACAAAGAAGAAGAUCGCUCACAAUGUCUUCAAGAAAAAUGACUGUGCAUAUAUAUCAGGUGAUGUGUUGGUGAUGGAUGAGCUGGGCUAUAUGUACUUUCGCGACCGCAGUGGUGACACCUUCCGCUGGCGAGGGGAAAACGUGUCUACCACUGAGGUGGAGGGAAUAAUCAGCAACCUCCUUGAUCAGACUGAUGUUGCUGUGUACGGUGUGGCUGUCCCAGGUGUGGAGGGCAAGGCUGGAAUGGCUGCCAUUGCUGAUGCUUCUGAAAGUUUUGACUGUGAAAGGUUCUUAAAGAGCAUCCAGCGAGGACUUCCGUCUUACGCACGCCCCGUAUUCUUACGGACCUCUCCACAAGUGGACACCACAGGCACAUUCAAAAUCCAGAAAACCAGGCUGCAGAGGGAAGGGUUCGAUCCUCGUCUCACGUCUGACCAGCUCUACUACUUGAACAGUCGUGCCGGACGAUACGAGCCCAUCGAUGAGGAGCUCUACAAUGCUAUAGUGGAGGGAAGAAUUCCUCUAUGACCUGGGAGGCAAUCCCAGCAUGCCUCAGUUGAACAGGCUAAAUAAGCUGUUGUUGAAAGAGAUAGCAUAGGACAUGCAUACAGAAAGGCUUGGAGCAGGAAGACUCGGUGCACCAUUGUCUCCACUCUGGGAACAAAGUUGAGAGGACUACUCACAUAGACAGAAUACUGCUCCAGCUAAUGUUUUAACACUGUGUCAUUAACACAAGGACAUGAUGUGGGAGCAGUUAUACUUUUAAUAGCAUCUUUUUUUAUUUUUCAUUGUGUGAACACCUCAAAGCAUCACUGAGAAAAAAUCCCAUAAUCAGUUUUAAACCAGUUAUGUCAGGACAGAAAGGGUAGUAUCAAGACACACUGUUACAUGGUACUGUACCCAUGUUUUGCUGCACGUUUGAUGCUGUAUAGGUCAUUUUUUAUUACCACUGUGUGCUUGAUUGAAGCUAAGAGAUUAGACUUCAACAUGCAGUUGGAAAGGCUGCUAGUUCGAAUAUUAACCAUAGGAUCUUUGAUUCUUUUUAAUGCAAUGGAAAACUAAUCCCACUCGUUGAAAACUUUAAGGAACACUGGUGUGGGUUUGCAAAGAAACAUUACUGAAUGUGCCUUCUAUGAAACUUGUAUUUCAUAUUCUGAAUGAUUUUUUUAGAGAAAGGAGCCAAAUGAAUGUGGGUAUUACAGCAUUACUUUUGUGUUAUGCAAAGCUGAGUAACACUAUAAUAUUUUGUGUAACAGUUCUUAUCAGUGUAGUGUAAUAUAGGUGUUCAUAAUUGUUAUUUGUAAUUGGAGACCUAGAAUACACUUCUGCUGUAACUUAAAUUAAAGUUCUCAAAACUUA